GCCGGAAGAGCUGAGAGCGUGGUGCAGAAACUACUUCUUGCUUUUAGUCUGUAGCAACUUUAAUGCUUAUUUAUUCUUUAUCCAAGUUUCAUCGCUCUUUAUGAUGAUGGUCUUGAUGGGGUAUAUUCUUUUCCAUUCAGUAGUAGUUGGACACUCAGACCUCAUCUCCAUCUUCUCAAUUCCACUCAGGUUAGACACGAUCGACUUAGACGUGCUGAACUUUGUGGGUAUUUUGGAUUGGUUUCAGGCCCUUGGUUAUGAACAAGGCAAGCCUUUGACAAUGAACCCAACCACCCUGAAGCCAGCAGAUUUAAUUGAGAAAGAAGGCGAUAUACAGAAGGAAAUCAAGCGACGCUUGCAGGCGGUGCUUGUUUUUUAUUUGGCAUUGUAGCCGCACUGUAUAAUUUACGAUGUAUCUGAUGGUGUAUAUUCCUAGUAUAUCUGCAAGACCUCUGAAUUUUUUCAGCUUCUGACGGACUCUCGAUAGGACUACUAGAACAGCCUACAGCUCAACUUAUUAUACUAGAUAUUCAAACUCCUUAUGUGAUGACUAUAAACAUUUCCUCAACCAGAUCUACAACAAAGCGUUGCAAGACCAAGAGAAAAUUAAUAUCAGCACGGCUGUAAGAGAACAAGCAAAAGAAGAUGAGACUGAUGGCCAGACCGGCACCACCAUCGAUUUGAUCGUGUCCGAAAAAUGGGACACAUUUCAGAUUUUUUCUGCUUUGCAGCAGGUCGUGGCAGAUGAAGCAGACGCAGACGAGAGGAAGUAUCAGGCAAACAUGGGGCAGAAGAGUAAUCGCACGAACCUCUACUACAUGACCCGCGAAAAGGUAUUACUUGUUUACUUAUGUAUGCCAGGAUGUAAGCACACAAAUACACGCCCUACUUUUACUAAUUCUAUUUGUUUACUCGAUUGACGCGAGCUGAGUACUUUUUUUGGUAGAUUAGUGACAUACUUCAUGAUGUCAUCACUUCCGUACAAUUUGUUCAACCCAUUGUUUUCCAGGCUGAUCUGUUGAUCGAGGGCACGAGCAAUUUGGUCGAGAAGGCUGAUCGGAUGGAUUAUCAGCCUGCACCUGUAGCUCAAGUAGAUCAAAUUGCGCAGAUCAUUCAGCGCGUGUACAUCGCUUACGAGCAAUGCAGCAAGUCUGACCAAGUCGUAGGUC